AUGUCGGACGAAUACAUGAUCAAGCCCGAGAACGUUGCGCCCACCACGGACGCCAGCGAGUGGCCUCUUCUACUGAAAAACUACGACAAACUUCUAGUCAGAAGUGGUCACUACACGCCUAUUCCUCACGGAUCUUCGCCCCACAAGAGAGACUUAAAGUCUUACAUCAGCUCUGGUGUGAUCAACCUGGAUAAGCCAUCGAACCCAUCGUCCCACGAAGUCGUUGCUUGGGUUAAGCGUAUUCUGCGCAGUGAAAAAACUGGUCAUUCCGGUACUUUGGAUCCAAAGGUUACCGGGUGUUUGAUUGUAUGUGUGGACAGAGCCACGAGAUUGGUAAAAUCGCAACAAGGUGCCGGUAAAGAGUACGUGUGUAUUGUCAGACUGCACGAUGCCUUGAAAGACGACAAAGAGCUAGCCAGAGGUCUUGAAAACCUCACAGGUGCAUUGUUCCAAAGACCACCAUUGAUUUCUGCCGUCAAGCGUCAACUACGUGUGCGUACCAUCUACGAUUCCAACCUAAUCGAAUUUGACUCGAGCAGAAACUUGGGUGUAUUCUGGGCUUCUUGUGAAGCCGGUACUUACAUGCGUACACUUUGUGUACAUUUGGGUAUGUUGCUCGGUGUAGGAGGCCACAUGCAAGAACUUCGUCGUGUCAGAUCUGGUGCUAUGUCCGAAAACGAUGAUCUAGUCACAUUGCAUGACGUUAUGGAUGCACAAUGGGUUUACGACAACACCAGAGACGAAAGCUACUUGAGAAGAAUCAUUAAGCCUUUGGAAACUUUGUUGGUGGGUUACAAGAGAAUCGUUGUCAAGGACUCGGCUGUCAACGCUGUCUGCUACGGUGCCAAGCUAAUGAUUCCUGGUCUUCUUCGUUACGAAGAGGGCAUCGAACUAUACGAUGAAGUUGUGCUGAUGACAACUAAGGGUGAGGCUAUAGCUAUCGCCAUCGCGCAAAUGUCCACUGUUGAUUUGGCUACUUGCGAUCAUGGUGUUGUUGCAAAGGUUAAGCGUUGUAUCAUGGAAAGAGACUUGUACCCAAGAAGAUGGGGUCUAGGACCAGUCGCUCAGAAGAAGAAACAGAUGAAGGCCGAUGGUAAGCUUGACAAAUACGGAAGAGCUAACGAGCAAACCCCAGAGGAGUGGAAGAAAUCCUACGUUACUCUAGAGGGCGAACAGACCACAUCUGUACCAGCCCCUUCCAAGACACCUGAAGUUCCUGUCGAAGAAGUUAAGGAAGUAAAGACUGAAGCUUUGGUGGAGGAAGUGAAGAGCGACAACGAAGUCUCUGACAAAAAGGACAAGAAGGAUAAGAAAGAGAAGAAGGACAAAAAAGACAAGAAGGAAAAGAAGGAAAAGAAGGAAAAGAAGAGAAAGGCUGAAGAUGAGGAAACUUCCGAAAAGAAGAAAAAGAAGUCCAAGAAAUAA